AUGAAGUCAACAACAUAAAACUGAACUUUGGGAGGUGUGAACCUUAAGUUUUGUUCACUUCUUCUUUUGUCAAAGCGAUAAAACCCAAAAUGGGAUAUUUCUGAAAACAGUGACUCGUCACAGCUCUCCACAAUGACAUAAUAUAUAUUUGAACGGGCGAAUGGUCUUUGUUUUAGAGUGAACAGUGACGCUUUUGCACUGUCGACCUUCGAAGCUGGUUCGUCUCAGUCUCACAACUUCAAGAAAGACUUGGCCACGACCCCGCCCCCAGCAAAGUUAUAUCGUCUGCUUAUUCAAGUUAUUGUUUUCUUUGUUAAACAGGAAUAAAUCAUGCAUUUCUCAAUUCCUGACACACAAGAUAUUACCGAGGGAACCAUCACUUAUACCAGUUAUAAUCUCCACGUGAAUGGCGUCUUCCACUGCUCACUGCGUUUCUCUCAGCUGCAUGACUUCAACGAGCAGAUCCGGAAGGAGUACGGGACCUCCUUCCUGGGAACCCACAAAUUUCCUCCCAAGAAACUGCUGCAACUGACGGCGUCACAGGUGGAAGACAGACGGCAGAAACUGGAGAAAUACAUUCAGCUGGUAAGUCAAGACCAGAAGAUUGCCAACAGCGACCUCUUCAACGGCUUCCUGCUCAGCGCUCAGAAGGAAACUCGGCGAGAGACGCCAGUGGAGGCCAAACUGGACGUGUACCUGAUGAACGGCCAUAAGAUAACUGUGAAUAUCAUGUCAAUGGACCAGACUGAUGAUGUCUUAGAGGCUGUUGCAUCUGAGAUUGGUCUCAAGGCAGACUUUGUCUACUACUUUGCUCUCUUCCUUGUCAUGAAAGAUGAAGACGACGAAAGAGGAACGAUUGUACGUCGCAUGCAAGACUUUGAGUCACCUUUCAUUUCUUUGAAAGCGGCUGUGGGCAAGAACAAGAUUGUCCUCCGGAAAAAUUAUUGGGAUGCAACAUAUGACGAUGAUUUGAUACAGGACAGUACUGGUCUACAGCUGUUGUAUGUACAGGUGCUAAGCGACAUUGAGAGAGGAUGGGUGCAAGCUGGCAAGGAUCAGGUCAAGAGACUAGAGACACUGAAAGCCAAAGGCUCACGCAAAGAGUACGUCCAGUUUGCCAGGACGUUGAAGGACUACGGUUUCAUCCAGUUCAAGCCCUGCAUUGUAGACUACCCGGCUCCCAACACGCCGGCGGUAAUCAGUGCAGGCAACAGGGAGUUAGUCUUCAGACUGAGGCUAGAGGACGGGGCGUGUAAGGAAGGAAGUUUCAAGAUAACACGCAUGAGAUGCUGGAGAAUAACCUCGGUGAAUCGAGGGGAGGACACCAAGGCGGACCCCGCCCAGCUGGAGCUAGCCUUUGAAUACCUCAUCGGCAGAAACAAACUGCAAUGGGUCACAAUGACCAGUGACCAGGCUAUCCUGAUCAGUCUGUGUCUGCAGGAUAUGGUGGACGAGUUGCUGCUGAAGAAACGAGGAGGUCGUAUUAAAAGGCCUCAGGAUAGAGUCAAAGGUCCAGAGAGACAGUUUAAGGGCAGAGACGGUGGCGUCAUCGUCGCAUCGUCAACCUCCAGCCCAGCGCAGAGUGAUCCCAACUCACCCCCACAGAGUCCAACCGACACAAGUCCAUCUAAGACAUCCAAAGCCAGAGGGUCCGUCAAGAAAAUCUCAGACAAGUUACAAUCGGUUGCUGUUUCACCAAAGCAACACACGCCAAAGUCUGUGGUUGAGAACGACAUCUUUGAAGCAGGAAUCGGUGAAGAUGACUUGUAGGAAGAGGCAUCGAGCAAUAGUAGAAAGAGGUCUGUUUAACUUGGACACAAGAUGGCUUCCAUGUGUAUUCUUGCAUGCGAGAUUUUGUGUGGUAACAGUGGGUGCGUUCGAGUAGCUCACACCGAUCGACUCGGGUAAAGGCAGAAGGGUUAGCCACGAACAGCUCGGCUAAUCAAACGCUCAACUGCAGGCCAUCACGAUCCUCACGUGAUGUCCGUAGCCACUAACCAUAAGGUGAACACUCCUCUUAAGACCAACCCGACCAACCAUAUAGGCCACUCGGGUUGGGGCACACCAUUUUGGAAAGUUUGCCCUGGGGGAUUCAGACUUAACCGCACUUAUCCUAUAAUUGGUUCCAUAAAGGAGUGAAUGUCACUCUGCCUGAGAGAUUUCAAGCCUAUUAUUUCGUUGCUAAAUUCAAUCUAAAAGUAUUAUCAUGAUGAUGUACCUGGAAUGUUGACUUGUUUUAUAUGUUGAACUGUGAAAAUCAGUGAAUAAAUGGCCGAGAACGACUUUUUACUGCUUUGCUAGCAUAAACUACAAUCACCAGAAAGUAUAGUUCCAGAUACUAGAAAGCAGUGUGGCUAACAGGUGGUAGUUCAUUUAACCACAAGUCAUUAUCUCGCUGGGACUGUGGAGCAGGGAGGGGAGUUUUGUUUACUUAAGGGCUCCCCAGGGGCUUCCAACAGAGGUCCAAAAUGGUGUGUGAAACUAGCCACUUU